AUGGUCGACCGUUUCGCAGAAAUUCAUCCCUCAAAGAAAGACACGUCAUUCAGUAUUUUUCCAUUUCUUUUACUUCCUAUCUCUAUUGCUUUCACAAAUGGCUCAUCUAUAUUUUUCCGCCUUUUUCGUGCUUCUCUUCUGCAUUGUUUCCUUCCUCUUUUCUUUCCUUCCUUCCCUUCUUUGGUUCUUCUUAUUUUCUUCCCGGCAUCACUGCUGCGUUUAUUCCUCCGUUUUUUCUUCGUUCUCUCCGUUAUUCUCUAUCCGAAACUUUCUCUUUCUUCUUCCACCCGUUUCUCUUUCUUUUUUUCCUUGUCCCCUCUUCUUGCUUUGCCCCAUUCUUUAUUCCACUUUUCUGUCGCUAUUUCCUUCUUUUCUUUUAUCUCUUUCCUAUUAUUUAUUCGCUUUUUCUUUCUUUCCGUCUUCUUUUUCCUGUUCAUUAUACAUUCUUUCUUUCCUUCCCGUAUUCUUGUUCCUUUCUGUUCUCUUUCUCUCUCCAUUGUUUUCACAUUAAAUCCUCUCUUUUUUUUCUAUCCACUCCUUUCCUUUUUCUUUCCGCUCUUUUUAAUCUUUCUGUCUACACUUUACUCUCGUUCUAUCGUCUCGUUCUUUCUCUUUCUUUCCACUCUUGUUUUUCUUUCUAUCCUCUCUUUUUUCCUUCUUUUAUCCCCUUUUUUCUCUUUCUUGCCACUAUUUUCUCUUUCCUUCCAGAUUUUUUCUCUUUGUAUCCUCUCUUUUUUCUUUUUCUUCCAUCCUUUUUUCUCUUUCUAUCCUGUUUCUGCCCCUUCCUAUUCUAUGUGUUUUUAUCCAAUCUUUUUUCACUUUCUUUCACUUUUUCCCUCUUACUGUCCUCUCUUUUUUCUCUUUCAUCCUUCUUACUCUAGAUUAUUAUUUGAAUUUCUUUCCCUAAUUUUAUUUUCUACUUCCUUUCCCUAUUCCGUAUUCAGCCCUUCAUAUUUUCUCUUUAUCAUCCCAAUUCUUUUUCCCACUCUUCUAUAUUUCUUGUUCUAUUCUAUUCUUUUCCCGUUGUUUUUAGCCUGUUCCUUAUUUUUUUCUCAUUUCUCUUUUCACUUUCUUACUCCUAUCAUCUCCUUUUUCAUUCCCUCUCUUCUUACAUUUACCUGUUCUUCAUUCAGCCUUUUUGUCUCUCUCCCUCUAUUUUCAGUUACAAUGUUAUCUUAUUUUUCUGUGCUAUAUUCCGCUUUUCUAUUUCAUCUAUAUUCCUCAUUUUUCUCUCUAUAUUCUUUAUUAAUAUCUAUCUCAAGUUUUCUCCUUUCUUUCCUCAAUUCUUUAUUCCUUCCAUAUCUCUUCUAUCCUUUCUUUUCUCUCUUCUCUUUUUCUAUCUUUAUCCUUCGAUUUCUCCCCUCUUUUUUCUAUUCUCUCUAUUUUUCUCUUUCUCUCCUUUUCGCUCUAUCUUUUCUCUCUUUUUUCUCUCUUCACUCUCUUCCUUUUUCUAUCUUUUUCUCUCUCGCAUUUUUCUAUUCUCUUUCUUUUCUCUAUUUUUCUCUCUUUAUUCACUAUUUCUCUCUCUUUUUCUCCAUUUUUGCUCUUUUUGUCUGUAUGUUUCUCUCCUGUUUCUGUUUUACUCUCUUUUCUUUCUCUUCUCUCUUUCCUCCCUUUCUUUUCUUUACUCUCUCUUUUAUCCUUCUCCUCUUUUUCCUUUUCACAAAUGAAAAAAUAAUCUAUUUAUUCUUUUUCCGUCUUUUUCUAUCCCACUUUCUCUCUCACUUUGUCUGCCUAUUUCUCUCUCCUUUACUCUUUUUCUCUGUUCCCUUCUCUCUCUUUCUCUUUCUUUAA